AUGGCUACAGUUCCAGUUGUGAGCGAGUACGAGGCCAAACGUCUACGACGCAUCGCCGAGAACCACGACAAACUCCAGGCGCUUGACGUGCCAUCGUUAGCUGUAGCUCGUCCGCUCGCAACAACGCGCAAAACGCAAACUCGACCCGUCGAAGCGCUUCCACUCGAGCCUCCGCGCAAGUCGUUACGGCAACGUAAAGAGCGCUAUGUGGGCCAUGAGCAACAUACGCCGCCCGCGCAUCGAGACCCAUUGGACUGCACGCGGGUAGGGCUAGCGAAACAGCUGCAUUGCGGGAAGCGACUGGUGGGGCGGCCAUCGGAUGUGGCGGAACAUUCCCAGUCCGUAAAUGAGCCGAAACAAGGGGUCGGGGACGCGGGAACGCCACGUGACGAGUGCAUGUUGAAGCACGAACAGGUACUGCUCGAGAGUGUCGACUGGAGAACGCGACGAAAGCGACAGGCGCAAGCAGCGAAGCGACAGGCAGCAGUCAAGUUGCAGGCGAAGCGGAGAGCGCAGAGGGCGCAAGCGAAGCGCGAGUUGCAAGCGAUGCAGCUACACGAGCGUCGGAUGCGACAGGAACACAAAGAGCGACUGCAACUUGCUCGACUGGUGGAAAAGGAGCUGGCUCUGCAGCAAAGGAUCGAAGAGGGCGAGUUGAUGCGCAUGGAAGACCGCGCUGCGCGUCAAGUGGCGAGACAAGCGGCGCGAGAUCGCAAGCUCCAGCAGUUGGCGGUGCAAAAAGCCGAGUGGAAGGACACAGUGGGGGAUGUGGUAGCGGAAAGACAGAGGACAGCGCGUGCGAGGAGAGAAGCGCGCGACAAGGAGAUGUAUCCCGUGCGUAAACUACCGUUGCCGUUCGUGCACAUGACAGACCAGACAGAUGGCGGUAGCGGUCGUGCAAAGCCAGUGAGGGGAACGCCGUUGCUGAAGGUGGAAGCACACCUCUUCCACGCAUUUGCACUGGGGAAGCAGUUUCUACCACCUGGUAAGAACGCUGUCAUGCAAGGAAUGUGCCCGGGAGGCUAUACGGCGCGCUUUCGUCACGACGUCGAUGUGCACGGCUGGGCGAACGCUCUGACGCUGUUCGUGCAUGGCACAACGGGGCUGUUUUACCGCUACAUGUUUGAAGAGCACGUGCUGCACGGUCGCACGUUUGUUUCGUUUCGAUGGACUCGGUGUCAAGAUGUGACACCAUCGAUGCUGUGCCGCCUAUCCCGGAUACAAAAAGGGGAUGAGCGGCUACGCUUGGACGGGGAGAGCUACGAUGCCACGGCGACUGCUGAACAGCCCGAGCCACUUUUGCUUUUCGUCCAGUAUCCCAAGGGCCCGUACAUUUACUGUGGGCGACUUGGGGUUUUGGGCCAUCGAGCUGAGCCACUGGAGAUCUCGUUCCAGCUUCUCGAUGUCAACGCACUGAAUUGGAGGCAGCUGUUCACCCUGUUGACAUCGGGCUGA